GUGCUUGGCUUACUGGUGUGGGCUCUCAUUGCUGGCACGACCUACCACCUCCACGCGGCAUAUGGCUGGGUGAUGUUUGUGUCCAUCUUCUUCUGGAUACUAACAGUGCUUUUCUUCAUGACAUACUUCCUGCAGCUUCAGCUGAAGUUCUAUGCAAUCCCCUGGCCCCUUGUGCUGACGAUCUUCAAUGCGGUGGCAACUGUCCUGUACGUCACCGCCUUCGUGACGUGCGCGGCCGCCGUCCAGCCCACGUCCUGGCGGCAGUGUGACUACAACCGCAGAGCCGCGGCCUCCUUCUUUGCCUGCCUCGUCAUGAUCGCCUACGGGGUCAGCACCUUCUUCAGCUUCCGCGCCUGGAAAGGGCUCGGCAGCAAUGUGGCCACCAGCCAAGUGACUGAGCACGCGUGA